AUGGCAGAAGCUCUUCAUAUCCAAAUUAACGACCACGAUACUUAUCAUGAGUUACCACUGUCGCUAGAUUUGAUGCAGGGUGCCACAAAGGUUCCUAUAAUCAGGAUCUAUGGAAGUCUUCGUGUGCGCACCUCGCAAGAUUUGGCCUACAAUGUGCUAGUCCACGUCCACAACUAUUACCCUUACGUAUAUCUUGAUUGGUGGGGCCAUGACGAGAGUGCGAUCACUGAUGAUGAGCUUAGAGACUUCAAGCUGUAUCUUGAAACGUGUAUGAAAGCUUCCUUCAAGAGAAACCACGACAUUGACUCUGAUGCAGACUCUGACGUCGAUCGCUAUGAAAUUCUACUACGUGGUCGAAAUAAAACUAAAGUCGACUCCUACUAUAUUGCAUCCAUAGUCUUAUGUAAGGGUGUCCCAGUGUACGGGUAUCACCUAGGGUAUUCUACAAAGGUCAAAAUACUGUUCUUGCUGCCUCAUUAUAAAACACGCUUCACUCGUCUUCUCAACGAACGAAAGAUCGAUUUCGGGAAAUUCUUCGUCAAAGAAAAAAAGUCUAUCUUUACUCCUAAUAUUUAUGAGGCCCACAUUAAUUUUCUCACUCAAUUCAUGGCCGAUUUCAAUCUAUAUGGAUGCGGUUGGCUCGAAAUCGACUCGUGUUUUUUUAGAUCACCAAUCACUACUCCGAAUAGAGUAGACAUUGCUCCUUUAAAGAAAUAUUUACAACCUUAUAUUACCAGUGAAAAUAUUUUGAGUUCAGAAUCUUUUCCUCGUAUGGGCCGGACCCUUCUCGAAAUCGAUGUCUCGACUCACAAUAUAAUGAACUGGAAAAAACUCAAACAAAGGAAUAUCCAUAACGACUUUUCAGAAGUCAACAUGGUUCCAAACGCAAAUGAAAUCUACCUUACAUCUUUGGAAAGCACAUUUAAUGAGUUGAAAUACCAAUGUGACAUUAGGAAAGCCUCACAAACAUCACAAUUGCUUCACAAGCUGUAUUCUCAAGUCUUUCCAAAGAUUGGUGUUGGAGGUUUUCAUGAGUGGGAAGCUUAUAAUUAUACUGUAGAGCUCUUAAGUUACAUGAAAACGCUCAACAAGCCUACAAAGUUUUCAAAUGUUCAUGACUAUUAUGAAAAUAUCAUUCGUCCGACACUUAGGAAUACUUUGCUACCUACAUGUUUUGAUGUCAUUGAGCGGACUUCUUCAACUAACUCUCAAGUAUCUCACAAGUUUGACGUCCAUGAUGAUCUUCUUAGGUGGGAUAAUUAUGACAUGCUAUUUGAGCCUCUUGAAAAUGUAUCAGAACUUUUAAUUGAGGAAAUUCUCCCUUCUGAGAAAAGGGCGUAUAAGAUAACUGACCAGGAUAAUUCUAUUUCUGCGGCGCCCAUUAGCGUGCUGGAGACUCCCUUGCAGAAUGCGGAUGUGCUCAAAUCUUCAAACGUUCCUUCAGUGGUAAGUUUAGAUGUAUCACCCAAGACUCACAUGACUGGGCUCUACUCCAAUUCGCUUGACGGGCAUUCAAACCCAUUGACCGAAAAAGAGCAUCCGGUAUCUCACGAUACGAACCAAAGUGGUCUUGAUCAUCUGUUUUCUCAAACGCUGGAUUUCCUCGUUUGCCGAUCCAAUGAUUUGUGGGAAUUUUUAGUUCCCUUAAAGCUUCGAAAGCAACUUUUCAAACAAACCAUGCUGGCAUCUCCUAUCUUAGACAUUGAGUACUCUGAGCCAUCGUACUAUUUAAAGCAAGACCUUCAUCCUAACCCACUCAUUUUUGCUAAUAAGAAAAUUGUUGUUCCUUACAAUGGUGAAGGGUCAAAGAAACCGAUCAAUGUGGGAAAUAAUACUCCUAAUUGGGAUGUAAUCAAUGAUGAGCCUCUAAAUAAUGUCAAGUGCAAAAUUUCUUGGGAGUUCAUGCCUCGGGCACCGUCGAGGAACGAGAUUAUCCGGUGGAUUGAAGUUGAUGAAAAGAAGCAGGCUUAUAAGGCAAAUAGGUUCAAGUCUCAGAUUGAGCCUGCUAUCACCCAGACAAAUGAUUUCAAAUACUCUCAUAGGAUAUCCAAACUCAAUCGAAAUCCAAGUGGUUACUUGAAUUUGUCCAUGUUGUAUAUGGAAGUACAUGCAGAUACUGAGAGUCCGUGUCGCCCUGAUCCAUUAAAGGAUCCGAUUACGAUGAUCAUCUAUCGAUUUGAUGAUUCUAACCAUAUGUUUCCUGAUGAAUACAGUACGAAUCGUAUUCUUUUUUGCUGUAAUAAGGAUUUCGUACAGACAAAGAGGCAGUUAAAGAUUGUGUCCCUGAAUCUUAAUUUACACAUCGAGUGUUUUCGUACUGAGAUGGAAAUGGUUGACUCUUUCCUACUCCGGGUGGAUUUGUUUGAUCCAGAAAUACUAGGUGGCUACGAAAUAAAUGCUUCUAGUUGGGGGUAUUUAAUUGAGAGGAUGCAGAAUGUUUAUGCUAUAAACAUUUUAUCUCGUCUUAGCAGAACGAAGAUAAAAGGCAACGGUAGAUAUGGCGAUAGGUGGGGUUUUACACAUACAUCUGCCAUCAAAAUAAAUGGUCGGCAUUUGAUAAAUGUUUGGCGAAUACUCAAAUCAGAGGUGAACUUGACGUCAUACUCUUUGGAAAAUCUUUCUUUCAAUUUGCUUCAUCAGACCAUGCCCCGAUUUUCGAAUUUGGAGCUAACAAAUUGGCGCCGUGGUGGUGCGAUUCAGGAAUUGAUUAUGUUCUGUGAGUACUACAGUACAAGACUUAAUUCGGCCCUCCUCAUCACAGACUCACGAGAAAUCAUAAUCAAGAAUGUGGAGCAAUCCCGGUUGAUUGGUAUCGACUUCAACUCCAACUUUUACCGCGGAUCUCAGUACAAAGUGGAAUCUAUUUUAAUACGAAUCGCUAAAAGUGAAAAUGUACUUCUCAAUUCACCAUCUAAGCAACAGGUCCAUGAAAUGAGAGCACUUGACGCGAUUCCGCUUAUAAUGGAACCGGAAGCGAAUUUUUACAAGUCCCCGUUGGUAGUACUCGAUUUUCAAUCACUUUAUCCAUCAAUAAUGAUUGCUUACAACUAUUGUUAUUCAACUUUGAUCGGAAAAGCAGAAGGCUUUAGACAGGAUAAGAAUGCAGUUGGUUACUUAAAGCAUCACAAUCUUCCGCUUGGGAUUGUGGACAUUUUGGAUAAAAAUGGUGGUAUCACAAUCUCACCGAAUGGUUUGGUAUUUGUGUCUUCCAAAUUUAGAAAAUCAUUAUUAUCUAAGAUGCUUCAAGAGAUUUUGAACAUGAGAAUUAAUGUGAAAUCUGUGGCAUCUGCUUUUCAGAAUGACGAUGAUCUUCUGAAGGUAUGUAACUCGAAGCAGUUGGCCUUGAAAUUGAUAGCAAACGUGACGUAUGGUUACACUUCGGCUACUUUUAGCGGAAGAAUGCCUAACUCUGAUAUUGCUGAUGCUAUUGUUGCUUCAGGAAGGGAAAUUCUAUCCAAGUCUAUUCAAAUAAUUGAAGAUAGUGAAUUCAAUGCGAAAGUCGUCUAUGGUGAUACAGACUCGUUAUUCAUUUAUUUUCCAGGCAGGUCAAAAACAGACGCAUUUUCAUUUGGUAAGAUACUUGCUCAACGGGUGACAGAUUUCUUUCCCGAUCCGAUCAAACUCAAAUUUGAAAAAGUUUACCAUCCAUGUGUUCUAUUAGCAAAGAAGCGAUAUGUUGGGAAUUGCUUCGAAUCAGAAACUCAGACACUUUCAACAUUUGAAGCAAAGGGUAUUGAAACUAUUCGCAGAGAUGGUAUACCUGCUCAGCUGAAGAUGGUGGGCAAAACAAUUAGAAUUCUUUUCGAAACGAAAAACUUGUCCCAAGUUAAAGAGUAUGUCGUAAAGCAGUUUUACAAAGUCCUUUUCAACAGGGUAAACAUUAAAGACUUUUGUUUUGCCAAAGAAGUCCGCUAUGGAACUUACAAGAACGAAAAGUACUUGCCUCCUGGUGCUAUCAUUGCUGCAAAGGCAGUCAAAAGAGAUCCUAGAAGCGAACCCCAAUACAGAGAGCGAGUUCCUUAUUUGGUCAUUAAGGAUCCAACAAAAGAGCGCAUUAAAGAUCGAUGUGUGAGCCCUGAGGAGUAUGUGGAGUCUUUCAAAUCCGACUGCCCGUUAGAACUAGAUUUCGAGUACUACAUUUCGAGGGUACUCAUUCCUCCAUUGGAAAGAGUAUUUAAUUUAAUGGGUGUUGAUAUCAAAGACUGGUAUAGAACUAUGCCUAAAUUGCCCAAGCAAAGUCUUUUCAAGAGAAAUGACAUCUUGCGGAUUAGCGGCUUCUUACAGAGAAGAGAGUGUCUUCAUUGCGGAAACAGUCUUGAAUCUCAGGACUUGUUUUUAUGCAUCGAAUGCAUGAAAAACAAAUCUGAGUCUGUCAAUGACCUAAUUUCAACUAAUCAGCAGAGCAAUAAGGUCAGAAAUAAAUAUGAAAUACUUUGCCAAAAGUGCAAUAUCAAAAAUUUUGGAAGGGCAGCAAGAAGUGGAUUUGAGCAGGCGUGCAAAAAUACAGACUGUGAACUUUUUUAUGCAAAGGCAAAAGCAGUGAUGGAAAAUGAUGUCUUGAUUAGUGAAAUCAGUCAAGUUCUUGAAUCUCUACAGUGGUAA